UAUGGGGGCGGCGGAGCGCGACCUCUACCGGGACACGUGGGUCCGCUACCUGGGUUACGCCAAUGAGGUGGGUGAGUCCUUCCGCCCGCUGGUGCCAGUGCCGGUGGUGUGGGCCAGCUACGGCGUGGCCACCGCCUACGUGACCGCCGACGCCAUCGACAAGGGCCGGAGAGCUGCCACCGCCCACGCCCAGGACCCCGCACAGGCCACGCGGGUGGGGACGGCCGUGGUGGACACCUUCGUCUGGCAGAGCCUGGCCUCGGUGGCCAUCCCCGGCUUCACCAUCAACCGCCUCUGUGCCGCCUCGCUGGCCCUGCUGGGUGCCCUCACCCGCUGGCCCCUGCCCGUCCGCCGGUGGACCACCACCGCCCUGGGGCUGGCCGCCAUCCCCCUCAUCAUCACCCCCAUCGACAGGACCGUGGAUUUCCUCAUGGACUCCAGUCUCCGCAAGCUCUACGGGGCGCCAGGAGAGCCCCCGGCCCCACACUGAGCCUGUCCGGUCUGGGGAAACUGAGGCAAGCUGCUGAUUUUGGGGUGCUGUGACCCAUCUACUGUGAACCCUCCCUCCGGUGACAGCCCCGGAGCGGCCACCCUGCCCCACGGCUGGUCCUAAUAAACCAUUUCAAGCCUGA